AUGGGAAACUAUGGAGCUUUUCUGAUCUUGUUCUCUAUUCUCAUCCUCACCAUGGGCUUAAAUUGCAAAGCCAAUGAUGAAGAUAGAAAGGUCUAUAUUGUGUAUCUGGGUGCAAUUCCUGAUGUGUCGUACUCACCAUCAUCUCAUCACCUUAGUAUACUACGAAGUGUCAUUCAGGGCAGUUUUGUUGAGAAUUCAUUAGUACGAAGUUACACACGGAGUUUCAACGGAUUUGUAGCAAAACUUACUGAUCAAGAAAAACAGAAGCUUGCCAGUAACAAGGAAGUAGUCUCCAUUUUCCCAAACAAUAUUUUUCAUACUCAAACAACAAGAUCUUGGGACUUCAUAGGCUUGAAAGACACAUCAAACAGAAAACCUACCGUCGAGAGUGACACCAUAGUUGGUGUUAUUGACACCGGAAUUUGGCCCGAAUCGGAGAGCUUUAACGACGAAGAUUUUGGACCUCCUCCCAAGAAGUGGAAGGGUGCUUGCAAAGGCGGACAAAAUUUCACUUGCAACAACAAGCUGAUCGGAGCUCGGUAUUACGGAACGUCAUCGGACAUCGCCUCUGCAUGGGAUGAUGUUGGUCAUGGAACCCAUACAGCCUCAACGGCUGCAGGGAACCAUGUCAAGGGCGCAAGUUUUUACGGAAUAGCAAAAGGCACUGCAAGAGGAGGUGUUCCCUCAGCUAGAAUUGCGGCCUAUAAAGUCUGCGAUGCUGCAGGAUGCUCUUCUGAGGCCCUCUUUGCCGCUUUUGAUGAUGCCAUUGCUGACGGUGUCGACAUCAUUACAAUAUCAAUCGGAUCCAAUGCAGCUCAAGACUUUGCCAAUGAUCCGAUCGCCAUCGGUGCUUUUCAUGCGAUGGUGAAAGGGAUCCUGACCUUGAAUUCUGCAGGAAACAAUGGACCCGAUCCUGGGUCUGUGUCGAGUGUGGCACCUUGGAUGAUGUCAGUUGCAGCCAGUAGCACGGAUCGGCGAAUCGUAGACAAUGUUGUUCUUGACGAUGGAAUGACCUUAAUUGGAAAUUCUGUCAACUCUUUCGAACUGAAUUUUACGUUGUUUCCUCUAGUGCAUGGGGCAAAUGCUUCAACUAAGUGCUCAGUAUUUUCGGCUAGUUCUUGCGAGGCGGGGUGCCUAGACAAAGAUUUAGUGAAGGGAAAGAUUGUGCUGUGUGAUUCAAGGGAUGGAAUCAGUGAGGCCUACAAUGCUGGGGCCGUUGGUUUGAUUUACGCAAACGACAGAGCAGGUGAUGUCUCUUUUAUCGUACCAUUGCCUGCAGUAGCUCUAGAAAAUGAUACCUACACAUAUGUCCUGGACUACAUCCGUAGGUCCCCAAGUCCGGCUCAAGCAACCAUAUUAAAAAGUGAAGCCAAGAUAGAUGAUUCAGCUCCUAGGGUCGCUUCCUUUUCUUCACGUGGGCCAAAUGCUAUUACACCAGAUAUUCUAAAGCCGGAUAUAAGUGCCCCAGGAGUAGAUAUAUUAGCCUCAUAUUCACUUAUAGUUCCACCCUCAAGCUUCCCUCAAGACAAGAGGCGCGUAAAGUUCAAUAUUGAAUCGGGAACCUCCAUGUCUUGUCCCCAUGUUGCUGGAGCAGCUGCCUAUGUCAAGACAUUUCACCCUGAUUGGUCUCCUUCAGCCAUUGGAUCAUCUCUUAUGACUACAGCUUGGCUCAUGAACAAGACUAAAGGUCUCAGCGGAGAAUUUGAUUAUGGUUCCGGCCAUGUUAACCCUGUACAAGCCAUUAAUCCUGGACUUGUUUAUGAUGCUUUUGAAGCAGACUACAUAAAGUUUCUCUGCAGCAUUGGCUUGGAUGAUAAGAAAGUUAGGCUUAUAUCAGGACAUAAAAGCAGUUGCCCCGAAGGCUCAGAACCGGGAUCGCCAAGGGAUCUCAAUUACCCUUCAAUGGCUGCUCAAGUUUCAGACGGCGUGCAGGUUGCGAUUAAGUUUCACAGAAGAGUAAAGAAUGUUGGUAAUUCAAACUCCACCUACAAGGCCAGCAUCUUCCCAAAAACAAAGUUUGAUAUCAAAGUAAAGCCUUCAGUUCUUUCUUUCAAGUCACUUAAUGAGGAGAAGUCUUUUGAUGUAAUUGUCGCAGGAACUGGUUUGCCAUUAAACUCUAUGGUGUCUACAUCAUUGGUGUGGUCUGACGGCAUUCAUAGUGUCGGAAGCCCAAUUGUCUUGCACAACGUAGUUCCAUAA